AUGCAUUCAUCUCUUGUAUGCGGAAUUCUACUUCUGAUCGUAUCACAGGCACAGUCCCUUGUGAGAGAAAAACGCUGUCCAUGCGCUCCAUCCCUCCCAACACCCUGUUCUUGCGGUGUUGGUCCUAUGCCCUCACAUGGCCCAGUGUCACACGUACUGCCAGAAGAUUUGCCAACCUGCUUGCUUGAAAAGCUGGAUCCCCCUGUCAUGUCCUUCGUUUUGCGGCAACCUUUGCUCACAUUCCUGUCUUCCAAAGACAAUGAUGGUACCUAUGAAAGCAGUCACUACUUCGGCGGUUCUACCAUACCAAUGUCCUAUGGUAUGCCAGAAGUCCUGCCAAAAGAUGUGCUUUACACAAAAUGUAUGAUGGCAGCACCUAUUCCGCAUGAAGAGAUGAUACCCGAACCUGUCUUCCCAUCACCGCUUCCACCACCACCAUUUUUUGGUGAAAUGCUUCCUCUACCUCAUGGCCCUGGAUGUAUGGGUCCUGGAUGCAUGACAGAAGAUGCUCUUUCACCUAUGAUUGACCCUUGA